AUGGAUACAUGGCGAGUAGAACGUGAUCAAUGUGUAUAUACCGCAUGCUAUUGUGAAGAAAAUAUAUGGAAAUUAUGUGAAUCAUGGAAACAAAAUGAUGCGAAUCAUUUAGCUACUCUCUAUGCAGUGUUUAUUUCGAAUGAACGGCGGCAAAUUCCCCUAUGGGAACAAAAAUCUUCCUCUCGUGAUGAUCGUCUGGCUAUUUGGGAUUAUCAUGUCAUCUUAGUCGAUAAAUCACCUUCGUCAACAAUGAUAUAUGAUUUUGAUACGACACUUCCAUUUCCUAUUUCCGUCAAUGAUUAUCUGCAACUGGCUAUUCGUGAUGAAAGCAAUCUCCUACGUAAAUACCAUCGUGAAUUUCGAGUGAUACCAGCUCAGCAGUAUCUCGACACAUUCGCAUCAGAUCGUUCACAUAUGCUCAAGGAAGAUCAAGUAACAUACAAUGCACCACCGCCCACAUAUCCUCCAAUAUCUAAUGAGACUCUUAUAGGAUCGACCAAUAAUAUCAACGAUUUCAUUGAUAUGAAAUCUAUAAAUGUACCAGGAACUGUGAUGAAUUUAACUGAUUUUCGCCGAUUUCUAGGAAUUUAA